CGAAGGACAUGCGCUCCAGGAUCGGCGGGCUGGCCCUGACCGUCUGGACCGCGGGUGUCCUUUGCCUCGUCCUCAAAGCCGGCGCCAUGGCCGUCCCUCAGGCAAGGGAGCUGCCGACGCUCAGGGACGUCCAGUUCUGGAACAAGCCUCCCGUGCAUUCGAGGAACGAGCAGUGUCCCCAGGGCGAAGACACUGUGACGUUCGAAAAGAUGGUCGCCGUGAAGCCCGGCUCGCGUCGACUGUCGCCCAUGUUCGCGCCGCGCGAGGACUUCCGCUCGCGGGGCGCCGUGACGCUGGACUGCCUGCGGCGCUGCCAGGCGUCGCCCCGCUGCCUGGGCGUGGUGGUCAACUACGAUCACAACGCGUGCUUCGCGGCCACCGCGCUGGACGACGAGGACGUGGCCAACACGCUCAGCUCGGCGGCCGACCAGCCGCCCCUGGUGCCGGCAUCGGACCGCUCAAACUACUUCGCCAAGAUGUGCGUCCACGGUCCGGCGUGCGACAAGGACUGGGUGAUGGAGCGCGUGCCCGACAAGGAGCUUCGCGGCUUCGACGACCGCGUGGUGUCCGGCGUGCCCAGCUGCCAGCGCUGCCAGGAGCUGUGCCUGCACGAGUCCUCGUUCCCCUGUCGCUCGGGCGAGUUCGACGGCCGCGCCAGGGAGUGCCGCCUCAGCUCGCAGGACAGGCGCUCCCAGCCGAGUUCGUUCGGUCCGGCGCAGGGACCGCACGUGCACUACUUCGAGAACCUCUGCCUGCCGCCGUCCUCGGGGCAAGCGUCCAACUGCGACUUCGAGCUGCACAAGGACGUGGACCUGCGGCGUGCCGACCAGGUUCGCAGCGCCUUCAGCGCCGACCAGUGCCGCUCGCUGUGCGAGACGAGCCGCGAGUUCACGUGUCGCAGCUACAGCUUCGCGCCGGCCGCGGGCGUGUGCGCCAUGUCCGGCGACGACACCGUCAGCCUCGGAGGGUUCGCGCUCCGCAUGACGCCCGGCGUCGGCUACUACCAGAGGCCCGCCUGUCCAGAGCCCGUGCAGUUGUCGUGCACGCGGGAGUCGAUGGCGCUCACCCUGCACACCAAGGAUCCGUUCGCGGGAAGGAUCUACCCGCGAGACGAGACCGCCGGCUGCGACAUCCAAGGACGCGGAUCUCGGGAGACCACGCUCGUCAUGGGCCUCAUGGAUCGGCGGUGCGGAGUGUCCGAGGAUGACCGCGGCCGGUUCACGAGCACCAUCGUGAUCCAGCAGCAUCCGGUCAUUCAGCAGAAGGGUGACAGGAUCGUCAAGCUGUUCUGCAUCUUCGACACCGGCAACCGCACGGUCACCAACACCUACAAGGUUCUCGUGGGAGGCGUGGGUCCUGCGAGCCGCGUGCCGGGCGUGGUGAACGCGACCGCCCCGUCGCCCAACGUGCGCCUUCGCAUCACGGACAGAGCCGGCGUGGACGUGGCAGGCGCGAAGCUAGCGACGAGCUCUUCUUGCGAAUCGAGAUGGACGGAGACAGUAGGUACCGCCUCGAAUAGCGGAGAAUGGAAGAACACUUGGGAGCCUGGAGGAAGGAACAACUAUAAGGAGCGUCGGGACCAUCUCCGUCGCAGCUCAAUUGGUGGAGCAUAG